AUGUUUAAAACACCACAUAACAUAGAAGAGAUUACUAUUUGUCCAAACCAUCAUUCUGUGCUUGGUGUUGGGUGGAGUCGGGGCUCCAAUACGAGAUGUAGAAUACCAAAAGAGGUAUCUGGACACAAAGGAAAGCUACCCAGGGCAGACAGAGGUGUCGGUAAACGCAUAUCUGAAAUACUUUUAAAUGCCAGCGAGAAACUUAUCCAAGUUGGCUCUGGUGAGUAUCCGCAAAAGUCAUAUAUUCAGUGAUCUGAAUUUUGAAACAUAACCAACACUGAGCACAAAUAUGCUGUACUUUUCAUUUUAGGAAUGUGCACUAAUUGCGAAAUGAAGUUGAGUCGGGAGCUAAAUGAGGAUGUAUCAGAUGUCGUAAUGGAUUUUGAAAAUCUUCACAUUGUGAGUGUGCUAGCUGAUUGACACACGCUGCAUGGGAGCUGUAGAACACAGGAAAAGCAAGCGUAGGCCUAAAAAAUCACCUGUGGUGCUUUUCAGCCGAAGUCUGCGAGAUAAGUCCACAUAACAGCGACGUUUUAUAGUUUUUUGGACGAAUGAUGGUAAAUUUGCUCGGUAAAUAGUUAGUUUAUUUUAAAAAAUUGCUUUUCACAUUGUUUUAAUUGUCUGCAUUUUUUGACGAGAAUUAGAUGCCACCCAAAAAUGGCGGAUAUUCGUUAGCGUGAGAAAGGCUAAUUGACCGUGCGACCCUAUUUUCUUCGGGUGAUUGCGGGCUGCUGCCAAAAUGGCGUCUGUACGUUGUCACACUAAUUGUUGAAAAAACCAUCAAAUAAAAUAUUGAAAAAAAAUUAUUUCCGACCUACCGACCCUAAUUUUUUUUGCGAUAUGAAACCGGAACCACAGGUAUUUUUUUAGGCCUUAGUGAUUCUCUUGCUUUUCAGUGCUAUUCAGCUCCAAAAGUAUUUUUAUAGGUAUAUUUGAACAACUGUGCGUGAGCAUGUCUUUAUCCACUUACACAAACAUAGGCGUACGGGACGGGGGGGCAGGGGUGCAGCUGCCCCCCCAAAAGAUUACAAAGUCGAAAAGUCGGGCAAAUGUUCAACAAAAGUCGGGCAAAAAGUAGUCAAAGCAAUAAAAUCUCUCUUAAUAAUAACCCCAGUUUGUUGGGCAAACAAAGCCAGUUGGGCAAUAUUCGCUUCACAGUCGGGCAAUAUUGGGUUAUUACAUAAAUAAAUGGAGCCCUAAAAUGGACCCCUAAAAUGGUACACUGACCAAAAUUUUUUUGGCGACGGGGGGGGUUUGGGGGUCGCCAAAAUUAAUUGUUCCGAAAAAAAUUUUUGGUCGGGAAAAAUCAGAAAAAGUCGGGAAAAUUUCUUUCCGCCCCCCCUAAUUUUUUCCUUCCGGUACGCCCAUGUACACAAACACGGUAAUCUUUCAGUAUAUCAGCCGAUUAGAUAAUCAGCCGUGCGGUUUAUAUUUUGUAAUAGUUGAUGAGUAUGCGCGCUUGGUUUCAAAUAUUUAUUCCAUGGGCUACCUUGAAAGGGUAAUGUGAUCAGAUGUUAGUCGUUGUUGAAAGUAGAUCUGUUCUAUUUAUAGAUGGAUAAAGAAGCAAAGAUUAAGACACAAUUAAAUGUUGCAACUCCAACCGCACACACCACUGAAUUACAAGUGGAUACACCUGUCUCCAUUUAUCAACCUUCAGAAGCGCUAUUUAUAUCCUUCACAGAGGAAGAAGAAAAGUACUGCGAGACUACUGCAAGAGACCACCUAAAUGCAUUUUUAGCUUCACGAGACGAAAGCCCAAUCCGUCACUCCUUGGUGACGUCAUGGGAUUCAGCGUCGGAGAGAACAAAACGUCUACACACUAGAAAGGCAAGACAAGUUGUCGACGCAUGCCUUGAAGAAAUUGCUCCUCACGACCACCAACAUCUUCUAGAUAUAGUAGUAAAUGACCACAGAGCUUGCAACAAUGUCGAUUCCACCCUAUUGGAAGCACUUUCUGAACGCUACAACAAUGCCAGUCAUUGGAGUACCCGCAGACAGAUUAUGUCGAUCAUUGCAGAUAAGGUAUCGUACAAAGAUCUACAAAAAUAGAUACCAGACAUAUCCAGGUAUCGUUAUAAUAUUGCCAGACAUCAUCGUCUUUUGCAUG